ACGAGGAGAGGAGCAGCUUCCUCUUGCCACGUUCCGACAGCGUUCUAUUAUGUCACCUGAAGGGUCUCCCGCGGCAGGUAUAAAGUUUAACGGCGAAGCAAAGCGCGUUAUUGUAUGUACUUGGAGAGAGGGAAGAUCAAGAAGACCGAUUGUUAGACCAAGGCCAUCUUCUCAGUAGGCUUGGCUACAAUCGGUUAUGUGCGAUUGGCGCUAGUUGUUUGCGUUAGUGUCCUUCAUAAGCCGGGAUAGUUUGCGCGACAACGGACGCGGACUGCGGACCGUUUCCUACGGGAGUUCAACGUGCGCCUUCGGGACGGGUGUGAUCGAGUGAGAGAUCGCGAUCAAACGCGCGGGGCUCAGUUCCGACUAGGCUUGUGUACAUGGUGCUCGGGGACCCACGUGUAAACGUGUCGUUAUAUACAUCUUGUCCGUCUAACUCAUCGAUCCCUGAAGAUCCACGUGUGGAGACGUGAAGGCAAUUGCGAAACAGUGACUAAGUUUUCUUAACGAGCAGUCGACAGAGCAGGCAACAUGCUGUCUUAUUACGUGAUACCGUUUUUCUUAGUCGUUAAUGUGCCCUCACCCCCCUACUACGAGGACGUGAGUCCCGAAUACACGUUUGUAGCACAACUGGCGACUACAGCUAUCCUGAACAACCAGAUGAACCCUCCACCAAACAGACGCACAGUGACGAUCGAAUUCAAGUGCCGCACAUACCAGCUAAACGCACUGUUAUGCCGUAAAGAGAAGCACAAGCAGUAUCCGUCGAAAAUGCCAACUCUGGUGAACAUCGACGACUCCUAUAAGAAAAACCUCUUCCAAAUUAGAUUCAACGACAAUGGCGUGACCGAUUAUGCCGUCGAGAGAACGGACGAUAACACCAUGGAUUUUAUGUUGAACAUGUACCGUCUCUUAGGCAGUCAGUUCAGCGUCGGUGUCGAAUUGGAUGUUUCCAAGGAAUACUUGACGUUCGAGUCGAUAGAACAAUCAGUUAUUGGCAAGUGUUCCACGAAUUUCGAGGUCAGUCAUAUGAGAAUUAAGAACCAGACACGCAUACUGCACGAAAACGUGACUCUGACGCACGAAAAUUAUUUCUUCGAAGAAAAAGAAACAAUAUAUAUCUCCAAAGAAAGAUAUGCGCCAUUUUGUGAAACGACGUCCAGUUACAUGUUCGGCAAUAAUUUUUGGAGCGAAUUUAUCCCCAAUGAUAUCAGCGAGGAAAUAAUAUCGUCACACAGUCUUAUGACGUUAUCCAAGCACAAUUUCCAGUCCAAAACACAGAACACUUUUAAGUUGUACGACCAGAAUAUGACUCUAAUUGGUAAUGCUGUGGAGAGCGUUGAAGUCUUUUUAAAAUCAAUACUGCCCCCAGAAGACUUUCCAUCCAGGAUCUUUUUGAAACCCAUCGUGGCGGGUGUGAUCGCAGAAGGCUCAAUAAGUAAUAUUGAUUCUCAAUAAGUGACAUUGAUUCUGUUAACAGAAUUUCUUACAAGAUUGUUUAUUUCUUUUCUCGCUCCAAACAAUGUUGCGUACGAACUGUAUGCAAAAGUUCCUUUUUACAAAUAUUGGUUACUUUUUACCAUUGACAAAACUGUGUGACGGAAUAAAUGAUUUUUAACAUA